AUGGGUCCGCGCCGGUGCGCUCACUGGGUGGCGCUGCUCUUCUGCACCCUCCUCCACGCGUUCCCCUCGCACGGCCAUCGACCCGCGGACGCGUUCGUCGGCGCGUACGGGGUAAACUACGGCAGAAUCGCGAACAACAUCCCGACCCCGGACAAGGUGGUGGCGCUCCUUCAAAGCUCCAAGAUACGGAACGUCAAGAUAUACGACGCGGACCACGGCGUGCUGGACGCGUUCCGGGGCACGGGGCUCAACCUCGUCGUCGCCGUCAACAACGGGCUGCUCAAGGACUUCGCGGCGAACGAGAGCGCCGCGCUGGACUGGCUGGACGGCAACGUGAAGCCGUACCUGCCCCAGACGCGCAUCGUGGGUAUCACGGUGGGGAACGAGGUGCUGGGAGGGGACCCGAGCCUGGCCGAGCCGCUCGUCGGGGCGAUCAAGAAUGUGUACAACGGUCUCAAGAAACUCCAUCUAGAAGACAAAAUCGAGCUCUUCUCGCCCCACUCGGAAGCUGUUUUCGCGACCUCGUACCCGCCCUCCGCGUGCGUUUUCAAGGAGGACGUCAUGGUGUAUAUGAAGCCGCUGCUGGACUUCUUCCAGCGGAUCGGGUCGCCGUUCUAUGUCAAUGCGUAUCCCUUUCUGGCUUACAUCAGUGACCCGGACCACAUCGACAUUAACUACGCUCUCUUUGAGCCCAACCCUGGGAUACUUGAUCCGAAUACGAGCCUGCACUAUGACAACAUGUUUGAUGCUCAGGUGGAUGCGGCUUAUGCUGCUCUGCAGGCUGCUGGUUAUAGAGACAUGGAAGUCCGGGUAGCGGAGACUGGCUGGGCUUCUAGUGGGGAUCAAAAUGAAGUAGGGGCGUCAGUUGAGAAUGCAAGGACUUACAAUUUCAACCUCCGGAAGAGGCUCUUUCUGCGGAAGGGAACUCCUCUCAAGCCAAAGACACCCGUCAAAGCGUACAUCUUUGCCUUGUUCAAUGAGAACUCCAAGCCUGGACCUGCUUCUGAGAAGCACUAUGGGCUCUUCAAUGCUGAUGGAAGGAUUUCGUAUGAUAUUGGUUACUCAGGUCUCUUACCUUCGUCUGCAUCUUCGUUCUUGUUGCCAAUGAAGAAAAUGCGUGCUGGGGGGUGGAUUGUACACUGUUCAGCUGCAGUUAUUCUAUCUAUCUUCUUCUUUUAGCCUUAGUGACUCAGUUAUAGAAUAGCACAUCUGUUAAGGGCAUAGUAAAAAUUAGAGGAGUUAGAAUGCUUGUACUGGGAAAUUUACACUGAAAAUUCAAAUAAUGGUCCCCUGUACACCAGUUUGUGUUCCCUUCACUUCCUUGUGGAAAGAACACUGUUCUGAAUUUUCACUGCAUAUAUAUUUAUUUUAGCUUUAGAAGGAA